GUAUCCUAUGAGGUAGGUGGCUUUGGUUUAGGGGUACCCUUCUUCUUUUUCAUGUUAUUUCGUUUGUGGUUUUUCCUUGUAGCUGGUACAAUACCAGGUCUUUCCUUGUAGCUAGCGUACACACAAACGAAAAUAAGGUUUUCCCGUGUAGCUAGAACGAAUGUCGUUCUUUUCGUGCCUCGAGCAAGGUAAUCCGUUUUUUUGUUCUGGAAGUCUCAAAAUCCGUGACAGUAUUGAUUCUCACCGAGAAACCCAAGAAGAUCAUCUGACUUUCCCCGACCUUCUUGCCUGUGUAUCUACUAACUUCUAAGAUAUGAGAGAGUUUUCACUGUAAUCAGCAUACUAUUUUUGAUUUUAUGUAUCCCUGCCGCUGCCCAAGCGAAUCCUUUUACUCAUGGAUCAGUCUUCACUUGUUUCAUGUAAAGUGGUCCUGUGUUGUUUCAUUGGUUCCAAAGCAAAUUAUGUAUUGUUUCAUUUGACCAAUUCAUUCGGUAAUACUAGUUAUGUAGUGUUUCAUUUUAAGGUAGUUUAUUUCCUGGUGAUUUCAACUUUUUUCGACACAUCUUCCUAAAUUAGAUUUUUCUCCUUCUAAACUACUACAACUGGCACAUACAGAGGUGGCGUUCAUUUCGACCUACUCUUGUUGGCGAUGUGAGUGAGAGUUUUGUUCUUAGCUUUGUUGUGUGUUUCAUCCGGAGUUGUUCUAAGAGAGGAAGAGUGCCUAAGCGUGGCUUCCACAGGUGCUCCAACAACUCUUCUAACUAGUACUACGUACACUGUAGAGUACACUAGAGUACACUAGUACUACACUAAAGUACUACACUAGUUGUACAGCACUAAAGUAGUCAUCUUCUAGAAGAGGAUGAAGCGUGUAAAUCAAUUGGGUGGUCACGUCUUUGCUCCGCCUCCAGGCGGGGACAAAAUGAACGCUUACGAGUGCGGUGCGAACACUCCUCGUUCUCAGCGUCGCAGCAACGCCAUUCGUUUUUCCCCAUUCGAAUGCAAUGGUGAGACGGAGUCCGCGAUUUGUGCUUGUCCUGGACCUGCAGUAAAUAGCAACAGCGCGGCUGGCUCUAUCUCUGCAUCAUCGCAGAACGGCUACGGAGCUAAUGCGAGUGCUUCCGCUCCCGCGGCUUCGUCACAGCCAGCGAUGCAAGCGAGCGCCGCACCAGCAGCGGCAUCUGCUUCUGCGCCAGCUGCUGCAGGCGUGCUUGCAAACGCCGCACCAGUAUCCAAUCUGCUUUGGCCGCCGUUCAAAAGCGACUACGACUGGAAAAAAUUACACGCUGACCUGGAGAAUGGGAACUACAGCGGCGUCUACGGAUGGGAUAAUGCGGCGUAUUGGGGUACAACAAUGCAUUUUUCUUAUUCAUCUCAUUUUCCAAGUUAGAACUGCAGUCUAUUUCUUUCUUUAUCUGUGACUAGUUUUAAUAAAAAUUCAUAUGAGCCGCGAAAAAGGCUGUGCAAAAAAGCGAUCGAGAUUCACUUAGCAGCUGUCCCAGAAGUCUUGUCUUUCUUGACAAGUCAUUGUCAUUGUUUUGGUACAUCAGUCUUCUUUGUGAAAAGAGAUCGUUUCCCUCAACGUGAACAAUCAAGGCAUUGCGGAGAAGAAGGCAGGCGUUGAUUUACGCGAGUGGUACAAGAGGCGCACGAAGGACGAAUACUUCUUGCCACAAUUCAAGGAACUCAUCGAUGAUCCCGAAACGCAGAAGGAGUGGUCCGAUAUCUUCAUGUUCGAUCCAGCAGGCUUUUACGCACACCCGCCUACAAUUUAUGGAGCCAAGAUAAAUCUAGAUUGGCUUCUUCCCUUUAUAUAGGGUCGAGGUUUAGGUCCAGCGGCGCUCAAAGCACUAAAUAAAACAGCCGGCUCGUUUUUACCUCUAGCGUGUAGCCCUUCCAACAAUACAUACCUACUUCUUGUUUGACGCGAUUUCAAUAGCCAAUAGAGAGCUGAAUGAUUUUGUUCCAUCUUUCUUUUGUGAAACUAAGUUUCAAUUAGAAUUUGGAAUCAGGGAAGAGCAAGAACUUUCUGUUUUGGGUCUCAGGACCUGAACAGACCUCAACAUAAUUGCUCCUUGUUUCAUUCUUGAACCUAGGAGCAAUUUUGUUCCACCUCCUUUUCAUGAUCCUGCUGCGUGCAAAGCGAAUCUGGAUAUUGCAGAGUUGUGUGACCUGCCGCGAGAUGGCAAGAUCAUCAGGGAAGACGGCCAAGUUCGAACGCAGAAAUGCGCCAUCUACUACACCUGGAAUAUCCCGCGUUUAUCGGAGCGCUUGGACAUGGAGGAGGACGAUUUGCGCGAUGCCCUUUUCAAGUACUCGAACAACCCGGACUUGAAGGACCCGAACAAGAAAGCGUUCAUACUAUGGUGGAAUCAGUAGAUGAAGAGUUCUAUUUUGACCUGUUAGAUGGCGUAUUCGUAGUUGGUGGAGGAGUGUCUACACGUAUUCUGGAGUUGACGUGAUUCCGUUUAAAUCACCAUGGUUGGAAAAAUAAGAUCCUACGGUAAUCUCCAGAAAAUUGCCAUCUUAUUCUAAGUACUCCUGGUGUUGGUGGCUGCACUAUCUACACUUUCGGUGAUGUGCGGAAAAUCCGGGAUCCGACUACGGAAAUCUGCGUUCGUGUCCACGAUGAAUGCAUCGGAAGUGACGUGUAUUAUUGGCUUGAUUUGAAUAUUUGUUUCUGAUAGAGUAUAAUCAUUGAUUCUAUAUGAUGAGGCAAUGAACAAGAUGGACUUGUUCAGAAUUAGUGGCGUAGUCAUAGGUUUCGGCUCACAUCAUGUAUUUUGGUUCAAAAAAUACACAACAUCUUCACAGGUUUGGCUCAGACAUUUGCACCUGUAGGCCGUAUUUGAUUUUCGCUUUGGAGCAGUGUAUUAUGUGCGCGCAGAGGGGUGGCGUGGGUAUCGUCAUAUACUACCGAAAAGAGGGUCGCUCACUAGGUGAAGUCAUCAAGUUCCGGGUCUACAACGCAAGGGAGAACCAAACGGGUGGCGACACGGCUGAAAAGUACUUCCACCAGGUACUUGCAUUUUAAAGGAUGAAACUUUUUUGUGGCAUCCUAGGUUAGUUCCUCCAAUUCCUGUACUGCGACUGGUAUCUCUAGUCGCAAACUUUUCUGAAUGAAUGGAAAUGGAGCCUACAAGAAAGCAACAGAGGGGUAUAACAGAACAUAUGACCACCACUAUGAAUGUACAAGAAUCUCUCGAAUAAAUUGCCACUCGAAUAUUACCACAAUAUCCGCCCUCUCGUUUUUUACAACCAGACGGAGAAUAUUGCUGGUAUUCGUGACGCUCGGUUCCAAGCUAUGAUGCCAGAUGCUCUAAAAUGGAUGGGCAUUAAGCGAAUUGAUUGGCUAUGCUCCAUGUCGAAUGAGAAAUACGAAGCUAUCGUGGGGUACUUUUUUUUCAGAUAAAACACUGUGCAGACUCCGAAUCCUGUUUAUCAUUUUUGAUGUUUAUUCAUCUAUAUACUAGUAGUACUAGAAGAUGGAGAUGGAAUUUAUUAUUAGUAGUUCGUAAGGAUAAGGAAGUGAAGAUCACGAUGGAAGAUAAAAAUGUCGGGCUCGUCCUAGAGCGAAAAAGAGGUGGAGCGAAAAAACUGACGUGAGCUACCGGUGUUGGGAUAUGGACACCUUCUUCUACCUUCUCUUGAUCAUUCUACUUUGACCUCUUACACACCACCGAUCUGUUACCUUUUCUCCCUCAGUGCCGGCAUCAAAGUAAUGCAGCGUGUUACGCUUCCCGAAGAUUAUGUGAAAGAGAAUAUGAAAGUGGAGAUUACCGCUAAGGUGGCGUCUGGUUAUAACACCGAAAGCAUGGAUGCCAUGCAGAUCUCGAACGAGUGCCUCACGCUGGCACACGUGCGCAAACAGGCGUCGCGGGUUUUUGCUUUGGCAGAAAAGGGGAAUCUCGACCAUUUCGUUCUCGAUAUGUCCAAGUUCGGACCGACAGUGGAUUUCGUCGAGAAAGUCAUCACGGAUCACUACCCACCAGGCAAACCGAUCCCACCGCAUUCGAGGGUACUCGUCCUCACACAUUUUUUUUUUUUGUUAAACCAGGAAUGCCAUAUCAUGAUCGACCUGUAGUAUUUGCAGUAUUUGCAUUUGCUUGUGAAGAUUAUCACAGGAUGCACUGAGAAGGUUCUCAUGAAUUCCGUUUCGUUUACUUCUCAAACACGAUAAUAUCGUAUGAUGAAAAUCAUGAAAAGUCUCUUUGUUCAGACCAAGAUGAAAGGCUCUAACUAAAACUUAUACUUCGCAGAUGCGGCACCUGGAGAAUUUACCGCAGUUCCAGCUUUUUGUGAAGAAUAUGGAAUGCGACGCACUUGAAAGGGUCCGCCGAUUGUUGGAUUUAACGUUUGUUAGCGUGUUGGUCGACGCUGGUGCGGGCUCCGCAUGGAAAUACAUGUCAGAAGGCAAGAUCAUCACGAGCAGUGAAGGGCUUGCAGUGGCCAGCAUAGGUAUUUGUUUUAUGAUUCUUUCAUUUUGCGUUUGACUGAGAGGAACUAACCACGGCGGAAGCCAUGGGGGGAAUCGGCAUGGAGGGCGCGCCGUGUCUUCGGGAAGGCUGUGCGGGUAGUAUAGUGGCUAGCUUUCUAGCACGUUGGCCCAUACUACAGUAGCCGCCACCCUCUAACCACGCGACGGCCCGCCACUAUAGUCAGACACUUUCGCUCUAGCAAGCACCCAGGCGAGGACAGGCGGGAAGAUGCAAGAAAGUCGGCGCUGGCGGUGAAAGUCAUCCAGAGGGGAGGAAAACUGGCGGCGGAGUGGGAGGAUGGGGCGAAAAGAAAAGGAACGGAAGAGCAGGCGGGCGGCUAAGAAAUUGAGCGCGUUGAUGGCCGCGCCGGAGGGCGGUCAUGCGUCGAAGCGCCCCGCAAAAGCAGCCCGCGACGCUGAUGCUGUUGCUGGUGCUAUUGCAAAUUAUGGGCGGGAUGAAGGGGCCGACGCUGGGGCGAGCUCUUCACCGUGGACACUGGGCAACGGCGCCGAAGGAACGGCGCAGAAAAUUAGGGCCCAGGACAUGCAUCUGCAACGCAAGAACUUCCCCGGACAGCGCAGGAGCUUAUCCCUUUUACCUUGCGCCGUAUAGUCAGCCAAGCAAUAUUGCGCACUCAUAUCCAGCCCCUCCUUUGAAGAUGCCACGCGUCGAGGGCAGACCAAAGCGACGGCGGGCAGGCUGCUGGGAGUGGGCGCCUCGGUUUAUAGCCUGCACGCUCCGCAAAAAGCCCCAGAGAGACCAUCGACGGCGUGGCGCUGGUGAUUUGCCCACCAUUUGCCCACACAACCCCCGCAGAAGCAACCGGCCCCCUCACAAACUCACAUCCAGACCCAACACACGAAAGAGAAAGCAAGGAGAGAACAAGCGGCACAGGCGCCGCGCUUCUCCGAGUUCCGUGGUGGGUGUUGCGCUGAUUCGAUAGGCUGCGCCACAAGGGAGCCCCUGCCGCCAUUCCUCUGGAUCUGCCUGCGUGCCAACGAUUCCAACCGGUGCGGCACCGUUGCCCGGGAUUUCAGCUCAUGCCUCGAGGAGUACCUGACUGCUAGAAGCGUGAAGACUGUAAUAGGCCACGAGGUGGAUAGUCAGGCCAUUGCCCGCGGCGGUCAGAUGGCGGCUGUAGUUGGAAGCUAUAAGCCGCUAAAGCGCGCCGAUACUCCGGGCCAGUCUCGAUCCCGGUCAAGGCUCUCGCCGUGGUUUGGUGUGUUUGGGUCUGCGGUUCUUACCUCGUGACCCCCUCCCCCGGUCGUCCUCUAUUCUAAUAACUGGCGAAGGGGAUUUGGCUCGCUUACUGCGGCGGCAAGGAUUGGCGCGGCUCCGAUUAUUCCCGCGCGCAGCUCUUCUACCCUCAGGGGGUACAGCGUUACUCUUAGCUUGAAUCAGAGCGCUGCUGCUCUGGCUGCGUCUACUUUUCUGGUGUCCUGUCCUCGUUCGGCCUCUUUCAAUUCGUCUGCCUCCGGCCACUCUGUGGCUAGUAUUAAAAACGUGCCCACCAAAUCCAACAGCAUGGACGAACAUGAGCCACCUUCUUACAGAGUGGCAGACAUUACAACGCGCGCCGAUCCAUUGUUCUCGGAACAGGCACUGCAUCCCAGCACUAUCGCAGCCGCUUCACCACUACGAGUAGCAUGCCUCUCAUUCUAUCUUUGCUUUUUUAUUUCGCUUCUUUGGGUAUGUUCUUCGACUCGGUGGGGAACUUCUUGGGAGCAGGCGCGAAGUCAGGCAAUUGGCACACAUGACCAGGCCGAGCAUAACUCCCACUCUGUGGAUGGAGAGGCCUCGGCUGCUUCUGUGACCUCGGGGGGCUCUCUGGAGCAUGGCCCGCAUCUAGCAAAUCCGUUACUUUGGCGAUCCGUGUAGCUUGGGCUUUGCCUGGCUUAAGGUAGGCACAACAUUAACGCCGGGGAUUAGCUCGGUGCCUUCAGUUGUAACAUCCCCGCCAACCACACUCGGCGCGUCUCGCUCUCGCGGCUUUUCGUCUUACGCUUUUCGAAAAUGGGCGCGGCGCACGAUACUCCCGGACUACGUUGCGGAUGCACUCAGGCGGCGCCUGUGCUUUCCACAGGCGCAAGCCACUAGUAUGCUGUACUCCAGAAAGCCAAGGGGCCAGCUCGGUGUCUCCCGCCAGCCUGCGCGCGCAUUUGCUCCGCGCCGCCGGAGCCGAUUUACUGUCGUUGGUCAAUCGUGUGGCAGACAUUGCGCCUGCUGGGUGGCGCGCUUUUUAUUUCUUGCGGACGUUCGCGGGGGGCCGACCGAUACCGCGGCGAGUCGAUGGCUCAACGGGUGGGCAAGCUACUUCGCCACUUGCCCGGUGCGGCGGCUGGCGCAUUCGGGUGGCGCGCGGGCUCAGCUGGGUGCCCCUCUCUGGCGGGCGCCGGGAUGUUCAUGCACGCGGGCCCCCGAGGCAAGCGCGCCCGCCGUCUGUGUUUGCUGAAUAGGCGGCGGGUUGGUUUUUAGGGCAACACCACCUAGGGCACCGCCGCGGGGCUAUUGGUACCGUGGCGAGCUUUUCUCGGAAGCGCCUCGCGUGGCACUUAGCCGCCUCUUCAGUGCCCCGCGGGGCACUUACCGGGAGGCCCCUCGAAGCGUCACGCGCCGCAAAGCGUUUGCCUCUCAUUCUGCUCCAAUCUGCAGCUCGCAUGAGUUGAGCCACGAAGCCAUUGAGUAUAGCCCCCAACCAUUCCGAUUUGACAACUCAGAUAUGUUCUGCGACGGCUUGUUUAGUUCCGACAAGGCUCUGCCAUGUCGCGUCAACUCGCUGGCAUUGAAGGCUUUGACGCAGAGGGAUAUGGAGAAGGGAUUCCAAAUCUCCGCUAGCAACCCCAUCCAGAGUAUCCAGGGUCGUUUAGCAUUGUUGAACAAGCUGGGAGACGCACUAGAGCAGAAACCCGAGUUUUUCGGUAAGGAGCUGCCUCGUCCUGGCAACAUCAUCGACUACCUCCUGGCAAAGGCAAACGGUGACAAGACAAAAAUCUCUCUCAGUUAUGAAUUUUCAGAAUUGAUCUUCGAGGAUACUGAAGAAUAGUGGAAGAGUGAUCUUCUAGUAGAACAAAUAGAAGAACACUUUGCUGAAGCAUGUUGAAGAAAAUGCGGUUGAGCACCAAUUAUAGCCUUCGAGAAUUUGUAGUUUUACCUGCGACGCGUUGUAUGAAUUAAUUGUAUUAGCUUAUGUCUUCUUGCUGCUCAUGAUGUCUUCUCGCUGCUCAUGCAAUGGAGUACUUUCUCUUUCUUCAUAUUUGCGACCUGUGGAAAGCUGUGGCACAAGGUAUCGAGCCGAUUUGGCCUAAGCAUGCCAGCGGCAUCCAGACCGGAGAUAUUUUUAUGGCACCACUAGCACUAGGCGUUUUUAUUUAGGUCGUUCAUAUUGUAGAUACGAAUUACUACGAAAGCCUAUAAAAGAGGUUCAAUAUUAAGGACAACAUGACGUUUAUUUGUACAUUGACAAUGUCAGUGGCAAUUGUAACUCUAGUUGGAUUUUGGAAUUAGUUCUAGUUGGAUUUGGAAAGGAUUCGCCAAACUUUUAUCUGAGACUGUGAUUCAUUAUCUUAUUUUAUCUGAGAUCUGAGAGACUCGAUCUUGAGACUGCCUGACUCUAACCAUCGGCACUACAGCAAGCUAAACACGCCAGGGAUGCCAGGAUCUGAUUUGGUGUCCUUCCACAAGCUGACACAAUGGCUACUCUACAGUGUCAUCGAGGUCAUCGAGACCGCCCUCGCUGUUCCGGUACUAGCGCUGCUUGAUGACUUAGUUGCAGCUACAACAAGUAGGUCCUGUAGUACCAGAGAUAGAUGAAAGUUUCCUAGUGAUGUUUCGUUCAUAGUUUGACAUCUUCCAUUAAAGUUUCCUAGUGAUGUUACGUUCAUAGUUUGAGGACACCUUCCAGACAAGUGAACUGUAACAACCUCCUGUGCUGCAAGAACAUGUACAUGUCCAUCUUGGCUCAGUUGGCGAAUCCCGAGAAUUUGAUGUUGACACCUUUGGCUGAGUACCGAAACGGAGGUUUGCUAGUGGAUAUGGGCCUGAUCAAGCUCCGAGAACCAAAGGACGCGGAGGCACUGCACAGCGUCGGCAGUGAGCUGAUUGUGGAAUGGCGUGCUCUGACCGUAGUGCUGAUUGAAAAGAUCGCUGCGGAACUGGGAAAAAAACGUGCUGGUCUGACCUUACCGCAAGUGCUGGAGGGAGGCACCUGGCGUGCUGGGCGCAUAAUCUUAAGACCCCACAAACAUAAUUCCACCGGUUGUUCAUGUUGUUGCUUGUUGUAGGUUCCAAACCAGAAGAACUGUUGUGCUCCUUGUUGUAGGUUCCAAACUUGAAGCCCGUUAUUACUUUGAAGUUUGUGGAAGUAAGUAAGUACUACUCAACUUGUAGAGGAACCAUGAGUCUUCAAGUGAUGUGAAUCAAAAGAUGUCCUUUCGAGAGGGGGUUGUUGAGCUCUAAUCAUUGCCAAGGAGCUGCGACCGGAUACUGGUGCGCCGCCGAUCCGUAUCCGCAGUGACGGAAGCGUCUUUUAGCUCUGUGAGUAUCGAACAGAUCACCUGAAAACAGAAUUGUAUUUUCGAGUACUCUGAGAUGAUAUGCUAGGAUGAGAAAACUUGGUAGAAGUUUAUGUGGUGAUGGCCAGAAGUUCGAAUAAUCUUUAUAGACCUACAGUUGGUAAGAAGUUGUUGUAAUUUUAGUUGGAUAUCAAUCUUAAUGAAGCGCAUAGGCUGCUCUUGAGGCGGCCCUCCCUUUCGCUGCGCCGCGGCCGGCCGGCCGCUUCCGCAUGCGCUUGAUGGUCGUUGUGCCCCGCUUUUAUACAUGCAGCUGCGCCGUCGUUUAUGCCUUGCCGCUGUGUGAUUUCAUGCGACAGUUGCCAAUCCUCGUCUUCGCUUAGCUGUGGUGCAUGCCUGUUGUUGUCGCUUACACGUUGCCGCUAUGCAUGAUGCACUUGGUUGCUGCCCUCUCUGUACAGCAUCGAAGCCCGUUUUGUCGCCGAUGCAGCCUUAAAAGAAAGGAUGACUUUGUACAGCCUAGCGUUGCCGCCCGUUCCCCAUAAACAUAAUAGUCUCGGCUUCCUUCAUACUGCGCUUCGUAGAAACAUAGGCAUGCAUGAUUCUGUGAGGUCAUAUUAGGUUAUAAGAAAUGUGGUCUUAGUAGAGGUAUGUCUUUUUCGAAGCAAAAUGUAGUACUACUAAGAUUAUUUCGCGGUGUGUCAUAAGGGCUGAACGCGUGACCAUGAUCCUCAAUGCCCUGUGGUUUUGGUCAACAGACAUAAAACUUUGUUGCGCGCGCUAUUGCUCUAGCAUUUUCAGCGUCAUCAAAAUUAGUGACACUGGCAUACGCAGAGAGGAAUACUCUAUCCAUUCGUUGUGCUAGAAUAUUUAAUCUUUUGUGGUUUCUCUCAUACUCAUCUUUUGUAGUUUCUCUAUACUGUACGUAGCUGAUAUUGGCAUAUUUUUGUUCAUAUGAUUUUCUGUUUGGUUAUUCCGAUUUCUUAUUUAUCCAGCAGAAGAGAAGUAUUUUUUUGUAUUAGUACAGUAUUGCGAAAGUGCAAUAAAAUGAAUUGUCUUCUCUUGUUCGUCGUGUUGUAAAAGUUGUUUUCACCCUUGGCUCGCUUCAUAUCAUAGUGUUCAUAUGUUUUAGAUUUUUCAGAUAGAGAGAAGUCUUUUGCGAUGCGCGCUAUCCACAGAGGACUUCAUUCUGGUUCUUCUCCUCGCAGUCUGCUAUCACGUUGUUGCUUCACCUAGCACUCUGAGCAUAUCUAAGUCUAAUUGAAUCUCGCCCACCGUUAUCUAUCUAUCUCUAUCAUGUUACUGAAAAGUGUUGUUGUAGAAAAAUGGUUGAAAUCAUCGUGCUGGCCCGUGAAAAACUUCUAUUUGGUAGUUACAAUUACAAUUACGUAGAAGUAGGAUUAGGAAGAUAGUAUUGUUUUUCGGCUUUUAUGUUCUCAAGUUUUCAUCGUCCAUGCUCUUGACCACAGAUUAUUUACCAUUGUCAAUUCAUCACUGUGUAAGAGGACAGGCAAGUAAGUUCGUAAGAAUCAGAAUCACAGAUGUAAUGUGUUGUCGUGUAGUGUAAAAGAAGGCUAGAACAGAUAUCGCAGGAAAAAGUGUUGUCAUUAUCGUUUUUUUGAUUUUUUCAGAUUGGGCUAACAAAUUCCAGGCAUUGGCGGGGCGCUGCUCGCGUGGGCAUAAGAAUGGAGGGGCGCCAGCAUUCGCCGCUUCCUCUUGGCGCGUCUGUGGGUGGGCUGCGCUUCCCAUGACUCAGACAACAAAACAGCGGCGCCGCGCGCGCUGCUGUCCUGCUCUGGCUGCUGGGUGGUGCUGCGCUCUCCGGGAGGCGCUUCCAGCAAGCGCAGACGCUCACGCGUGUAGCUUGUUUCCCUGUCCCCUCGCGAAUCUGGGGCCUGAGUGUCAGGGGAUGGCCCGCAGCCCUGCUGCUUGCGGCCGCUCCGCCACCUCUGGCGCCCCACCUUCUCCAACCUCUAGCGAUUCGGCGCCCCCUUCCUGCUGUGGCCGCUCUGUUCCUCUAGCCGGGCCGGAGGUGGUCCGCCGCCCCCCUCCACCGACCCCUUCAAAGCCGCGCUGACCUGAUCCUGAGAGGCGUUCUCCUCGCUUGCUUUGUGAGUAGUUAUUCUUUCCUCGCUUGCUUUGUGAGUAGUUGCGUUUUCCACUUAUUCGCACAAGAAACCGGCGCCGCCCCUUGGGCGAAACCUCCUCGAUCACGAUAGAGACGAAGCACCGCGCGGAGAUGUGUUCUGUGUCUUGACUGAUGGACAAAGGUAGAGCAUGAGCCCGCUCAAGAUGAAGCGGGCACUGAGUACUAAGGACCGCAGCGCGAAAGGAAUCGAGAGAAACGACAGAAAAAGGUCCGAGAGAAAAGGAGAACGAACCCGCCCGGCCGUGGCUGAUCGCGAUGCUUCGUAGAGGUUAGGCUUUUCAUCCUGGACCGUGGGGGUAAAAUGUAAAGACGCCGCCAGCGAGGUAAAAAAGAAAAGCACAAGAGAGAACGCACGCGCUCGCUCUCUUCCCGGCGUCCCGUGGUUCGAAAGCAGUGCCAGCAUUGCAACAACCUAAACCCGGGCCAUGUUAUGGCGAUUAAAUUGCGAGCAGUAUGCACUCAGGGGAGGGGGUAAAUUUGAGCAAAUUGGUACGAUAUUGGCGCGGUCUUUCUUCGUUCUCUUUCUGGUCGCUGAGUAAGUUGGUAGAAGGUUGCCCCAUGCUUUGGCGCUAUCUAGUGCCGCUACAGAUCUAAAAAGGUUAGCUCUGGCAGGAGAAACAGAGAGGGGCCGCCUGAUCUCGUGCGCCUUCUAAUGAUGGCCCAUAUGGGUGCCCGUUUCGUCCUCGUUGGGCGGACGUGGAUGGUUUUUAUCCAGAACGGGCUGGGAGCUGCAUAGAGGUCAAGAAGGGCGGAGCCUCUACCAAGGGGGGCGAGGAGUCAAAAGACAACGGGAAAGAGGGCGCAAACACCGACAACACAGAGCAAGCAGAAGAUGCAGGGGAGAACCGCAGCCGCAGCCCAGCAGACGACCAAGGCGAAGGCCGUGAGGCUGAGCAAGAGCAAGGAGCGGAGGCGAGCGACAACGACGACGGAGGCCACCAAGGAGACAGCCGCGAGGCUAGGCAAGGAGCAGAGGAGAGCGACAACGGCCAAGCAAGCCACCAAGGAGCCAGCCGCGAGGCUUGGCAAGGAGCAGAGGAGAGCGCAACGGCCAAGCAAGCCACCAAGGAGACAGCCACGAGGCUGGGCAAGAAGCAGAGGAGAGCGACAACGGCCAAGCAAGCCACCAAGGAGACAGCCGCGAGGCUGAGCAGGAAGCAGAGGGGAGCGAAGGCGACCAGACAGGCAGCCAAGGAGCCAGCCGCGAGACGGAGCAAGAAUGAAGCAGAGGAGAGCGACGACCAGGCAGAGCACCAAGAAGAGCAGGCGGGUGCAAACGUCGCCAGCAACGACGACGGAAACGGGAACGGGGACGACGACAACGAGAACCAAAAGGCCACGACAGAAGAAGAGCAAGAAGAGAAGACGCGCCGACGCCUAUGGCAAAAGCCAGAGAGGGGGACUAUGACGCCGAGGAAGAGGCGGGGGCUUGCUUAUGUUGAAACAGCCGCCCGCUGACAAUUCUACACAUGACACCCGAAGCGCUUGCUUUUAUUUGCACUAUUUGGGGGCCAGUGGUAGAGUUUAGCCCCCAUGGGUAACCGCUUCGGACUUCCUUGGGGAAUUUGGUGGGCAGCGUGUCGGCACUAACUUGCCGCGCCCAUGCGAUGCGGCUUGCUUCGGUAGGCCAGCAGAUAGGGAAUGUCCCGAGCUGCAUCAAGGCACGCGCCGCGUGCAAUACCAUGAAGGCGCUGGCCUCUUGUGUCAGCAUGGUAAAACGUUAUGGCUGGGAUCCAGGCUGUACUAAGCUAGCUCACUGCCCGCGUGUUCUUUUUUCUCUUUCUCAUAGCUUACAACUUUCUGCGAGGGUAGUUGUCUCUAUUGUGGUCACUUAGUCUUAGUUGCUCGAAGCUCAGCCACUUGCUGAAGCAGAAGCUGGCGCGAGUCAUAGAGAUACCAAGUAACCCCUCACCCCUCUAAGAACGACCUGCCCGCUGAGACAAAGCGGCUGCAGUGGAGACUCUUGCGGAAAGUGCCACAGUACGGACCCAACUGACUGAAAGAAAAGCGACGCCGGACGCGAUGCCAUCGCUGUGGAGAUCGCAAAAAGGCAAACUCUGCGGCGAUCUCUUAUUGUUCUCAUUUUUCCGAUAGUCCAGGGCGUGGCCUUUCUCCGUUUUCUUCUAACAGACCACGGGAAUCGUGGCGGCAGAGAGUGGCGGCAAAGUAAGCGAAAGAGGGCGGCGCGUGCCUUGUCUCUGGGGGAGAGUCUGCGGCCCAGCCCGCUUCGACAGAGAGGGGUAGCCGGCGCGCUCUGAGCGCUUGGGGCUGGAUAUUGGUCCCUUGGGGUGAUUCUGCGGCCCAGCCCGCUCUGGCAGAGGGCUCGGCGCUCCUUGUGUGUGUGUAUAUUUGUAGAUGAUGCCCGGACUACUCUUGUGGCGAGACUCUGCGGCCCAGCCUGCUUCAGAGUGAUGCUAUUCGUGUCUACAUGCUCGCAGAACGUUUCGAAGACAGUGAAGCAGCUGCGUAGAUGCAUGGGGGGCAUCUGAAUGCAGCAAAAGGAAGGCCUCGCGCUGAUCUUCGCCGAAAAAAGAAAGCUGCUCGCCCUGAAUGAAACAACAGGAAAAACCUCGCGCCGAUCUCCGUCGCAAAAAGAAGCAUGCCCGCCGGCUCGAAUGAAGCAGAGAACGCAUCGCGCUAAGCUUGAUCCUGACAGGGGGGCUCCUCGCUUGCUUUGUGAAGGGUUGGCCACUCCUCGCUUGCUUUGUGAAUAGUUGCCCUUCUCUCGCUUGCUUUGAUGUGUGUGAGUAGUUACGUUCUCCGCUUAUUCUUAUUAUUUGGGGACGGAGUAAGCUUUUUAGCUGGCUGGAGUCUAAGCUGGAUUGGAUUGCGCGUGGCUGUCGUUCUUUUCGGUUUCUUUUUGUUGUGUGGUUGGUUCCAUGGUCAUCGAUGCCCAACCUCAGGAGCCAACUAGUCGAAGGCCCAAAGUAACCGAGCAGCUGACUGAAGUAGCUGAGUCAUUUUCGCGCUGCUCUUGCGUUUCAGUAUCUAUAGCCCCGCUCAUUCGAGUCGCUGCGCCUCGACUAAUCCGACCAGUAGCUUACAGCGUUGCGCCUACUACUACUGGCCGCGGCUCCUGUGCUACUGCCACUGGUCUGAUGCUCCUACCCCUACGAGUGCCGCCGCCACAACCUCCGCACAACUGCCGGCGCUUAACAUGUAAGGCAGAAGGCUGCCGCUUUUGGGGCGGAGUUUGAUGCCACCGCCUUAGCUGAGGAGCCACGAAGCUAAGCGGCCUGGCUUGCUGCUCAGGGUGAGGCUGUGGGUGGGGUGCCUACAGAAAAUGGGCUCGAGGCUGGGUUUCUGUAGGCGGCCUGGCGCCUCAUCUUUCUGGAAGUUACCCCUGCUGUCAAUAAAGAGACGCGCGGGCAAUCUUGCGCUCUCCUUGGAGACUAGUCAGGAAGCUACCAGUCUCGCCUGAGAUCAGUAGUCGGGGUGAGUGGGCCCCCAGUCUCGUGCGAGGUCAGUACUUGGGACCUAUCACUUCUUGCGAGACUGGCGGCCUGCCUUGGGCCGCAGUCUCAUCCGAGACCAGUAGUUGGGAGCUGUUAUCUCUUGCGAGGCUGGGGGCUUGCCUUAGCCCCCAGCCUCGUUCGAGGUCAGUAGCCGGGGCCUGUCGCCUCUUGUGAGACUGGAGGCCUACCCUGGCCCCCUGUCUCAUUCGAGGCCAGCAGUUGGGACUUGCUGUCCGUUGCGAGACUGGCGGCUUGCCUUGGCGCCCAGGCUCGCCCGAGAUCAGUAGCCGGGGCGGGCCUGUCAUCUCUUGCGAGACUGGGGCCAGUCACGUCUGAAGUCAGUAGCUGGGGCCUGUCAUCUCUGUAGGCCCCCAGUCUCGUUCGAGAUCUUCAGCAUUCGGGGCUUGUCAGCUCUUGCGAGACUGGGUGCUUGCGUUAGAGCUCAGUCUCGUUCGAGGUCAGUAGGCGGGACCCGUCAGCCCUUGCGAGACUGGGGCCCUACCUUGGCCCCCAGUCUCGUUCGUUCUUUCUCAGUGGUCGGGGCUUGCUUUCUCUUCUGAGGCGCGGGCCCGUCUACCUUGCCCUACAGUCUUUUCGAGGUCAGUGGUCGGAGCUUGUGAUCUCUUGCGAGACUGGUGGCUUGCUGUGGCCUCGAGUCUCGUUCGAGAUCAGCACUCGGGAUCGUGCCCCUGAGCCUGAUUUUGUUCGAGACAGGGAGCGAGCGCCCGAGUCUCGUUCUAGAUCAAGGAGGGCUAGCGCUUCUGAUCUCGUUCGAGACGGCGAAGGAGAGCGCCACCCAGCCUCUUCCGAGAUAGCGGCGGGCCAGUGCCUCUGAUCUCGUUCGAGACAGGGAACGAGGGCCCGAGCCUCGUUCGCGAUCAGGGGAGGGCGAGCGCCCCGGACCUCGUUCGAGACUGGGGGUGAGUUCUCCAGCCUCGUUCGAGAUCGCGCUGGGCUGUAUUUGAUCUCGUUCGAGACUGGGACCGAAGACCCCAGCCGCGUUCGCGUUUACCAGAUUGGUCGCCACGUCACACACUUCGAGUUAUCUCGCGACUGCUCAACACACAAGCGAGACCGCUCAGCCAAAACUAACACGCCAGGCGCCUGCGUGCGGUUUUCGUCCACGUCUGUUGUGGCAGCAGUCGGCCAAUCUGGAAAGCCCGCUGGUGAAGUAGUAGGCGCAGCCGCUCCUAUGGGCAAAGGGCGAACUACACCGGCAGCCCCAGCUGCGCCAGUUGCUGGCAUGAGCAAGAGCAACGAAGCAAAGGAGCCGCCCAACUACUCGCACACCCCUGACAGCGCCGCCUCCACCUCGCGAAGUAGCUGCCGCCCCGCAGCCGUGCAUAUGUUUUGCCGAUGUUUUCUGUUUUGGGGUCCAGCUUAUUUGGACCGCGGGGAGGGAGCCAGUGGAAAAGGGCGAAUAGAUUUUCACUCAGUAGCAGGCUAAUGCCACACUUUUUACGUGCUAAGGUAUCACGCCACGGCUAGCACUUGUUGCGCGCUUCACUUCCGCGUGAUUUUCCUCAAUGAAGGCACUCGGUCGAUUGAUUUUUACUACUACUAUGAGUCACUGACUGAGUGCGUGUCUUUCUCUUUCUAUCUGGCAGCUUGCUUUGAUGAAAGUGAAGCCCAAACUAGGCACGAGAACCAUCAGAAUGAAGUCCAUGCUGGGCCUCUCUUUAGAACUACGAGUCACGGCGUACAUCUUCCCCGUCUAAUCGUGUUCCCUUUGCCUCUAUCAAAGACAAUGGAGUUGCAUCCUGGAGACGUAGAGAGGAGUGAGAUGGAGCCGAGCUGUAGGAGUGAGGAAGGUUGUAAGCUGCAGCCCCUACCUAACCUAGCCGGUUUUUCUUAUUGAAUAGCCGAACAAAGACCAGAAGUAGACAAGCAACGUUAACAGACGUGAUCUUACAUCCGUGACGGACAGGGACGACGCUACAAAGUGGAGCAACAACCAGGCUACUGCAGCGUUAGCAAGAAUAGACGCAGAAGGGGCUAGGGCAUCCCUAUGCGACGAUGGGAACAGAUUCAGGGCGCAACGUGGUUGGUAUGCCUCAUCGUCUAAGAAGGAUGACAUCAGCCGAAUGAGCAGGCGACUCAGCAUGCUGCAUGGGGACAGGCGAGGCGCUGAAGCUACCCGCUAAAUAGUAUUCUUCUUUGGAGCAAGUGGCUGGCUUCUUGGCCUGGGCGCGUGCUUACGUCAGUACUACAAGUGCGGCCACUUAGUAGCAAGCAGUGGCAUCGUCUGCGUAUUCUCCUUCUACCUCGUCGAACUGACCAGCGCCGGCGAGUCUCCAAAAGGCCGGCGCCUCUUCUAGUGUUGCAAAUGUCUUCGCGGGCAAAGUGGCCCGCCGAUUUGCCGGCUGACCUCGGCGGGGGAAGCCGCGAGGCAGUCGAGAGGCUGGCGAAGCAUUGCCAGGCGCUUGGCCUCGAAUUCACUGACACGCAAAUAAUGGACAAGAGCAAAAGCCUCGCCAAGGACAAGGCCAAGGCGCUGAAGGCUGCGCGGGCGCCGAAGCCGCAGGAGGGUGAGCCGGCGCCGCAGCAGGAGGGUGAGCCGGCGCCGCAGUCUAAGAAGACAAAGAAAAAGGGCAAGGCCGUGGCGGCGGAGCAGGUGCGCCGUGCUUAGUUUUAGACAUUUCUCAUCUCUGAAAGUCUGAGAGUCUAAAAAUUUGUUGUCCGCGGCUCCAUCUGGAGGCAAUCUAUUUGAAUACAAACAGCGCUGAAUACAAACAACGUAAAGCCACAGGCUGUGAAGUUCUGGAGUGACAAGGUGGAGGGGCGACAGUGUCCCGACGUCGUCGCGACAACGACUGGCGUUGCUUCUCUUGAGCGAGGCCCCCCUGGUUGGCCACAACUUGCUCCAGCUUUUUGCUGGGGAAACAGUUCACCUGGAGCCGCCGUCACUGUUUUCCCGCAGAAGGUCCGGAUCCAAGGACAAUGCGUAGGCAACUGCCGCGCCUUUUUGCUCAGCUGGUCCCUCGAUAACGCGCGCGCGCAGUCAUCUAAAUUCUCUGCAAGUGCUAGCUCGUCCAAUUUUAAGAUCGGCACACCUCGGCCGCGACGGCAAAGGCCUUGCGGAAUUCCUCGAAUUCUGCAGCAGAGGCGGCGCCAUCAUCUUGCGUCGUGACUUCAGCUUGCACACGAAACACGCGGAGGCAAAACCGUUCCAAUAUACGAAGGCGCUAAGCCGUCGCUUAUGAUUACUUCGCGAGUUUUAGAUCUGUUCUAGGUGGCAGCUGGUUUUUGUUAGAGACUUCGCGCCAGCAACGGACGCCACCCAGCUACCCACUAGCGUCAAGCCAAGUCUUCCACUAGCAUCAAACUCCAGGAACACGAGCCAGGCAGUGACUUUCUGAAGCUCGAGACGUCCGAAGGAUGGAGAGCGUUUACGUGCCCUUUUAUUCAGUGGGCUGCGUUUCCGGAUCCUCCUGGAGACAAGCGCAGGACCGUACGGGGCUACUUCGAUGGUCCGGGCACGGGGGACGAGCUGAGUUUGCGGAUGCGGGACGCUAUAAAGACCGAGAACCAUGCCCGCCGGUUUUCUCUCACACCUGCCGCCGUGCCUGAAGCAGCUGCAGCCACUUCCCUGGGCACCGAGUCGCCACCGGCCAAGAGAUCGCGAACCGAACCGAUUGGGGCCGACAUGCUCGCGGAAAUGAGUGGCCGGCCUGGGCGCAGUGUCAUGGCUGGCAGAAAGACGGCAGAGGAGCCGGCAAGGGUUCGCGUUGGCGCUUCUGGUUCGUCAUCGUCGAGCAGCUGCCUGCCAAUUGAUCGCCCACCUGGUGACUCCGGGCGCCCUUCGGAUGCAUCGCAACCGGGCAGGAACGUGCCGGAAAAUAUGCGGGACCCGCAAACUAUUGGCGGGGGCGGGCGGAUGACAGAGGAGGACUGGGGUGCUGGCGUCUAUCUGUUCGCGACUCGACGAGUGCCCGGCCACAUCUGGAACAUACAAAAGCGGGCGAACGUUUCGCCGGUCAUGUUCGGCACAGUGCUAUAGCUGUGCAGAUAACUAGAUGCGUCAGUGUAUAACUAGACUGCGCCGCCGUAGUGCUAGCCAGUGCUACCCAAGUCUCAGGCUCCCCGGUGUGCGGUUUGACUAACAGCCUGGGCGCUGCUGUGCCUGAAGGCCUGACAGUGCGGGAGUUCAUUCAGGAAGUCAAGAGAAAAUGGAACAGCCGCCCACGUCUUCCGCUUUCCUUCGGAUUCGCAGGCAGUAUCUUGGUGCCGCCUGGAGAAGACCGCAAGGAACAGCUAACCUUGACGAAGUCAGACACUUGGCGCGCUAUCGAUGACGCCUUUAGUGACUACACUCUGUUUGCUGAUAUGAAAGGAGGGAAGCAGCCACGCGCUGACUGGCGUCAUGAGUGGGAGUCUUCCAGACUCCGCGAGGAUUUGAGUGCUUUGACCAUCAGCAUCGGGGACAGGAUGUACCUCAAGGAGUUGGCGCCUACCUAUUACCGGAUCGAGUGGGACGCGGUGAGCCUCGUCGCGUCCGUCACCGAUUGCGAUGUGGGCCAACAAGAGGCCAACUGCCUCGCGAUUCCGCUGCACGUUGCAGGCGACUGCGAUCAGGUUUGCAGUUCUUUAAUGAGUCCGCUUUUCUCACCCGGGGCGCAUCCAAUGGGUUUCGGUUACCGAAGUCAAGACGCUCGACAAGUAAGCGGAGAGCGUAGGCGUUGGCUCCAGGGCAUCCCAUACUCGAACCAUUUGCACACCGUGAAGCAGGUGACUGGGAGCCCGCUGCUCCAGGGCGGGGACAUCAAGGGGCGGACAAUGAGGGGCCGGCUGGAAAGCUACCGGGGGGCUGUGCGGUUGCAUUUCCAGCACGGCACAGCCUCGCACUCGCUCAGGCGGGAAAUGAAGCGCGUGCUCGAGUUGGAGCCAGCAAGAGCCUGCGCAAAACCUGGAGGAGCUUUUGCGCGAAAACUGGGGGGAUCGGACUGCCGUCACUGAUGUGGCCCUCCUCAGGCAGUCGACGUGUGAAGGUACCACUAGGCUUAUAACGGACCCAAAUGUUGGACUUUUUAGUUUAUAUUUUCCCAAUAUUUUACAAAUAUUUUAGGCAGGAGUGAAGACAGGACCUGCUGUUGGUCUGAAGAAAAAGUCUGUUUUUGGUCUGGACUUACACAGCUCCUGAGAACCGUUUCGCGGUCGACGUUAAACGACUGCCAGAGACUGAAUCUGGCCCAUUGAAAAACAAAAGCAGAAAAGUGAUUCUUGGCCAUCACUUUUCUGCGUUUGGAAGUCGCUCCCGGAUUGAGGGCGUUCUACUUUUAAGAACUGACUUCGGUUCCCUGAUUUUCUGCUUUUGUGGAUUGGUUUCAGCCUGGUGGCUUUUCAAUCUCAAAGGCCGAACGCUAGUGGGUGGGCUUCGGCUUUUGUCGCCCGAUUUCAGCCCCUGGGUGGACCAAUUUCAAGAGCAGAACACAAACCGCCGAAAAUGAGCUGCCGGGUGUUUUGGAAAACGGUAGGCCGUGGGGUGUUUCUCAGUCGGCAAAAACAACACGGCAGAACCCUGGACAACAAAGGAGAGGAAACACACCCACAAGCCAAGGAGUUUUGAACCCCAGAAACUGCCCGAGACGCAUCGCCCCGGGGUUUUAUUGGGGUGCUGACUGCGUGCCCGUGCGUCAUUUCGUCGGACCAGCGGGGGCCCCCCGACUUGGUGGCGCGGCCCUCACACUCCAGAGAAGGUAGGUUGGGGAAGAAUGGGGCCGGCAGAUCGAUGGUGGCAAGCAAGGGGGCAGAUUGAUACGUCGAUGGGGGUGAUGCCUAAGGCGAUAAGUAACAACAGGCGCGAAUGACUGGACCCGACAACCAACAACGGCGCCGCGUUACAUGGUGGAAAUCAGUGGCCGGCGGCCGUGGUUGCGACUGUCGACCCUGGCAGACCAUGAAGGAAAUACCCCAAACGGCCAGAGCUGUGGGCGUUGUCUGUCUGCUGCUGGGGCCUCCGUGGUUGUCUGGUCUGUUCAUCCACCCUGCACUUUCACGGCCGGCUGAGGUUGCGCGCCUGGUGGUGUGUCAGUCAGUAAAUCAAUCUGCUGAGGGAAUCAACAACCAAGACCCCCGACCUCGCUCGACGACAGUCGCCCCAGGUUCCAGAAGGAACCGGAUCAAAAGAAUCAAGGUGGUCACAAUCUAAACUGUUGCGGACCUCUUGCUGUGGACCUCUGAUGGACCUGCCGAGGCCUUCAAAGGGCUCCCCAAAAGUAGACCGCAAUAGGCUGCAAAGGGUCAAACUGUGCGACUUCUUGACUGCUAUCCUCGACUGAUUUCCAUCGAUUUGUAGGCCCAUUUUUGGGGUCUCAGGUGUCCAAUAUUUUACAAAUAUUUUACAGCUAUUGUAGCAAAUAUUUUACCAACAGGGUCAGUAAAAUCGGCGGAACCUAGUGGGGGUUCGCUAAAAUACUUGCGCAAUAUUUGUAAAAUAUUGAGGCCCUCCAAAAGUCCCCACUCUGUAGGGUACAUGCAACCACGCACGCACCCAACAGCUGUGCCUUGAAGUGGGCAAAAUGUUGCCCACUUUUUGCGCAACAAGGGGGAACAAACUGAGGAGAACACCACCACCCUGAGCACGUUCCAGCGCCGGGGAAAAGAGCAGAACUUGUGGGGGUGGGUUCCUCGGUGACUUGCCUGGGGUUUGUGUGUUGGGUGUCUUGUCCUCUGGGCCGACAGGAUGAAGCGUGGCAGCAUCUUCUCCGAGCGGCAACAAGAAGGACCCACCUGGAGCUAUUGGCCACCUUUGUCUCUGCCUUUGUGUUUGUUGUUGUUGGUUGUCGUUGCCGGCGCUUUUCGUCGGGGCGCUGGCUCAGUCUCUUUUCUGCGUGUGCGCCCGCUCCUCGUCGUGGGGCAGGAGGGUUCCCUGCUAGUCGAGUGUCAAUGUGCCACCCCUGCGCCCUCGCAUUGCGGAAAGCCAAGACUCGAAAUAUGCCGACAAUGAGCAGGAAGAGGAAGAUCGCCCCCCACGAAUUUGAGACACCGGCAGGAAAAGGGGGAUGAAGUGUUUCUUUGUCGGGGAAGGAGUGGCCAGGGGCUGCCGCAUCAACACACACACGAGGGGCGCACGGGUGGCCCCCUAUCUCUUUCACCUUUCCCACUUCGUGGGUGCGUGAGUGGAACCAUCUGCCCAGACGGUCUGCGCCCACCAUGGUGCACCUUGCUGCCCAGGUGCUUCCGGGUGUUGGGUCGGAGGUGGCGGCACCUUGUGGGUUUUUGAGGUGCCCAGCUGCAGCAGAAGACCCACACCGCCCGCCGGGUGUUUUUGCAUCGUGGCACGCGUUGGCGCCAUCAUGUGGAACACUCCCGACGACAACAGACACCAACAGACCACCAUCGCCAGGCCUUUGCGACAUCGUGUCGGUCUGCUUUAAUUGUUUCACCCCACAUUGCCAAAGCGAGCAACCUAGAGCAAGCCACGCGCGGCCCCUCACUCGGUGCGUGCCUUGUCUGUUCGCUGGUCGGGGUGCCCGAGGUCAGGGGCUAGAAGCGAUCGCCAAAAAUGACCACAGACAGAACAACACGACGGAAGGGCGCCAGCGCUCUCGCAUGUAGUUGUGGAUGGCGCGCAGCCUAGCAGCUGAGCCACAUGCCUGCGCACCUUGGUUCAUGUGUUAGGAUUGGGGUGCAGUGUCGGGGGGCCCUCGUUGUUGUCUUCUGCUUGGGUGUCUGUUCGGUUGAUCAGUGUUGGACUUUUUGCCGGUGUUUUUGCCUCUCGAAAAUCCCCACACAUGUCACAAACCCCCAAAAAUUUGCUAAAGUAUUGGCCUCGUUUGGCAACAUUUAGGCUCGUUAUAGCACUAGGCUCAGUCUUUCAGUGGCUUGCUGAUGGUUAUUACUACUGUGGGAAUCAGAGGACGGCUGUUAUAUGGAAUUUUCUGGAGAGGCAGCUGACUAAGUGGAGUCCAUAACUUCGCUAGAGUUUAUCCAUAGCACAAAAACAACACACGAUCAGCCAUGGCCGCAGGUGUAAUGUCGGGAUUGGAGGCGUGUGGAUUGUUUAAUAAAUUGGCGAACUCCAGAUACAACUUUUAGCGCCUGCCAUGGAGCGAGCCACCAGGGCGAAUUUUUUCAACGUUGCUUGCAACGUGCCUGACAUCAGGUAAAGAAUGUGAGGCCUCUGCGUGUAUUCCCGUGCUUGUUUCGCAUUGAUUAGCCACCUUGAUACUUGUAAGCUAAAGAAAUGCUGCUAGUCUAGACUUUUUCCUAAGUUGUAUAUCGUGCCACUGCAUCGCUGUGCUCAAAAAUGGUAUACAGGUGUUACGAGUAUGAAUGUUGAUGAAACGGAUGGAGUUCAAUGGUGUUGCGAAUACGAACGUCGAUGAAAGAAAUGGAGUCCAAUGGUGGAAGUAAAGAAGUGAAACCGGUCCAGUCUAGUGCUGCGAGCUGAGAAGAUCAAUCAUCAUCAUGGGACCGCGUGAGUAUCCAACAAGAACGAGGAACGUCAUGAGUAACGCUCCUCAUGUUUCUGCUCGUCCUUAUACGAAUCAAACGACUGAACCCCACCAGUGUAGGCCUUGAGUCAUAUGCAUGCGUCUUGUUUUUGUGUCUUGAAUCACCCCAGUAAGACAAUCGAUACCGCUGCCAUUUCCGCUAUUACUGUUCAACCAAUGACCAGGAAAAGUGUCCAUCUUCAUCGGUUGCCUCGUGCUCUCUCUUUUCUUCUCAUGAUCUCUGUUUUCGCAGAGUUAUGGGCCCAAGUUCACGCAGCCUGGUUACGUUUCUACGGCAACAAAGAACCAUGGGAAAAGCAAAAGAGGAGCAAGCAGCUAGUGGUGGCGCUAUGCCCAGUUUCACAGCUACCACUGGUCUAACGAAAAAGCAACAAAAGAAAUUGGAGAAGGAGAAGCAAAAGAAUUCUACCCCUAGUGUUGUUGCAACAUCUUCAACCGCGAAAGCCGAUGGGCCUGCAGAUGCUGCACCUGAUACCGAUUCGGUUACUGUAGGAGCCGCAUCCGAUAUGAUGGACGUUAAGAAGGGGUCAGCAGCAGGCGCCCCAGUGUUCGAAGACAAGAAGGCCAGCGACGAUUUUCAUCAGAGUGGCCAAGUGUUCGCUAGCGAAGCAGGCGCGUCAAAGCCUGCUAGCACCAAGAAAAACAAGAAGAAGAAAGAUGCUGAAGUAGACCUUCCAGACCUACUUUCAACAUCUGAAGACAUGUCCGCCGACGAAAGUUCAUCAUCCGACUCGGACUCUGAUAGUGAAAGUUCUAGUUCAUCAUCUGGAGAAGGUUCAUCAUCUGCCUCCGAAUCAGAAGAAGGCGACGAGGAUCCGAAGAAGAGCCUGAAAGGCAAGAAGAACAAGAAGAAGAGCAAAACUUCUUCCAAGAAAAAGAAGGGCAAAGAGUCAUCUUCAUCUCGCACGAAGGUGCUCAUAUCCGCCAAGAUCUUGGUUGAGGCAACUCAUGAAGAGAACGGCCAAGAAGAAAAGCCACAAGAAGAAGAAGGGCAAAAGUUCAUCUUCUAGCAACAAGGAUAACAACAUGAGCAAGAUCCCACCGCACAAAUCAUCCGCACUAUCAUUCGGGCGAUACUUAGCUCUAGCAGCCAAGAAGUAUCACGCUUCCAAAGUCUUGGAUUGUAUCGAAGGCAAGAUCGAAGUAGCGGAUAUUCUCCAAAAAUAUACGGAGAUCAAGGAACGAGAAGAAGCCACUUGUAUACGAUCACACAAAGACAAGCUGACGAAAGUCGUCUAUCUCUACCGUAGUGAGAACGAGUCAGAGGAGAUGCAGCGCACGGACCUCGAAGGGACAAAACAAGGCAGAAACGAGCGACCAUCUGCCUGGUUCAAGAGGUUCCAAAGGGCACAGCGCGUAACGCAGCCUGGCGUGAUCAGUGACGCCGAGCUUUGUCGUAUGGCUCAGCGCCAAACUUGUGGUGUAGCGAAGUCGAUGACCAUCCAAGAUAAUCCAUCUUCAGUGUCGAAAUUGGCUGAAGCGGUUAGUAAAGCAGGGAAGCUGUUCACCGGAGAGCCUCCUGCAGCAUCUGAUACCGCGUUAGACGUCAACGAUCACAAUGCGUAUUCGAACUUCGCAUCAUCUAGUGUGUAUUUUAGUGGUGGCAAAAAUCAGCAGCCAUAUCAGCAGAAAGGUGGCAAGUCAAGCAAGGACCACCAUAACCACAAGGGUGGAAAAGGCAAGGAGACCCGCACACGUCACAUUUGCCAAAAGUCAGGCCAUAUUUCGAUCAACUGCAGGCGGAAUCCGAAUUCUCAAAAUUAUGCCGGUGCUCCGUGGAAUGGUGGCAAAGGUGGAAAUUAGCACAAUCAGCACCCACCUAGCAACCACUUCCAGCAGCCAGCGCUCUGGAAUCAGCCGCACCAAAGUCCCGCUAUGAUGAGUGCGAAUCUGCCCCCGGUGUUCUAUGCAAAUCAACAGCAGCAGCAACAUCGUCAAAGUGUUCAGCAACAGCAACAGGCACAGCAACCUGUAGCACAGCAACAAGGUCACCAGCAGCAGCAGCAUGCUAACUAUGUGAACCAGAGUGAAGCAUACGACUGGAGUCAACAUGCAGGCCCCGAUAUGGGAUCAGGGGGGGGCAGCAAUCCUUCAGUGGUCUCAUCUUCGAGUCUACGACAGACAACCCACUGGCCACCCCUAGUGCUACUACGUCGUUAGCUGGUAGUGCUUUCAACGUGAACGACAACAGAACGCCCACAACUACGACCGAAAACGGCGCGCAACUUUGAUGGUGUAUCAUCGAUUCAGGCGCAAGCAAGCACAUGUGUGGAGAUUCUAGCUUGUUGCUUGACAAAGCGUUCGAGCUACGACAGUUUCAAACGGCUGGCGUGGAUCCGGUCGAAUCUCGCCAAAAGGGUUUGAUGCGUGGACUGUGUUUCAAGUUUUCGAACGUUUGCCACGUGCCAUCCUUGGGGCCAAAGAUCCUGGCCAGCAUGUCGCUAUGCCUCAUGAGUGGGAUUCUGAUUGAUCUUACGCACAAUAAGUUCAUGAAUAACUAUCGGAUGGAGAUAAGGGAAGGCGUGCUACAAGUACAGCUGCCGUUCUACACGACAAGUGAGACGCAGGACGCUGUCUUGGUCACAACCGCAGCCGAGUUCCUGGGAAAUCUCUGGUGCUUAUCCUAUGAUAGAUUUGGUUGUAAAGUUGGACUAAACUUGGAAGAGAGACUAUCUUACUAUGAAGUAGACUUGGAUAAUCUCAGCGCAAGAGAUUAUAAACGAAGUAGUCCAUAAUAGGAAAAAGAAGGUCGUCUUGCUGUUCUCGAACUUCUCAGAUGAGGUGGAAAGGAGAGUGAGAAUCCUCUCCACUUAUCUCGAUGGAGGAGCCUCAUUUCAAGACGGACCUGAUGAGAACCCUCUGUGGAGGACGUUUGAGAUAACUGGUGACGUGAUAAAAGAAGCGAAAGAGAAAACUCUACUGAUGGAUGAAGAGAAGAGUACGGGCUUACUGGAUACAGUCAACUUCGGAAACGAUAAAGACUGCAGUAGUGUCGGCGUGGCUCAAAAAGAAGAAGGCGAAGAAGAAGACUACGAUCUUGAUGAUGAAGCUGAAAACGAAGUAGAAGAAGAGGAAGAAGAUGAAGUGGCAGAUGGCACUGGUUAUGAAGGGAUAGAGCUGGAGAGCACUAAAGAGCAAGAAGGCUCAAAUGAAGAAGGAAAAAGUAACAAGAAGAAGAAGAAGAAGCCAAAGAAAAAGAGAAUAGCCAACGUGAGUAGUGACUCGGAUACUAAAAGGAUACGGCCAGCGGUGAAGCGUCGAAAGUUGGACCCACCUGCGGUCUGUCCUAAGCUGAAGAUCGGCUACGAGUAUAUCUGCAACAUAGGGGCUAGUUUAGUCUUUCCGACAUUUCAGAAAUUGUGGGAAGUCGUCAGGACAGUCGAUAACUCUCCACAAGCUAAAGCUUGGGCUGUUCACUUCUGUAGACAUAACCUUAACAGGCUAAAAACGCACGCGCUUCCGCGCCACAGGUCAGGAGGAACCGACGCAGCAAGUCUGCACGAUUGGACCUCUUUUGGCACGUUCUUUCCCCUCGGUAAGGAUUACGCUGUCUUGCACGGUAUUAACUUGCUCAGUCGGGCUAGUGUAACUAAAACCAUUUCUAGAAGUGGUGUCAAGGGAAAGGGCGCAGUAGAGUUCCUAGAGACGUGCAAAGCCCGAGGAUUCUUAGGGCGUAACAUUCUGUGCGACCAGGGUAAGGAGUUUGACAAUCAUGAGGUAAGGGAAUACUGUCAACUGAAUAGUAUUGGCCUAUUCCUAAUCCCUAAAUCUAGUUGGGUUAGCGGUAUCUGUGAACGUCGACACAGAUACUUCCGCGGAGUUUUGCACAAGCUCUACUACAUAUAUGGACAGAGAGCCAGCAUAAUCCCGAGGCUAGUUGAACAGACGGCCAACGCGAUUAACGCUACUCCUACUAAGUCACUUCAGGGGUUAUGUCCUUAUAUGGUUCAGUGGGCUAUAAACCCUUGGAAGAUGGAGUUAGACUGUCCUGAAGAUAUGACGACCCAGCAACUGGCCCUGUUAGAUAAACUAGACCCCGAAGCAGGUCAGAUUAUAAGGAUGAAGGCAAGGCAAGAAGUUGAAGCCUGGAAAUACGACAAGAAGACCAUCGAAGAGAUGAAGAAGCUGGCUGAAAGACAGCGCAAUGCCUAUCCAGAGUCGGCUUUUCUGGAAGUUGGGCAUCUGGUAGACAUUUACGACAAAGACAAGCAAGCAUGGAUGGGACCUGCAAAGUUGAUCUUCAGACAAGUGAACAAGGAUAGGCUGACACUUAUAGUCGACUACGAUGGAUGCUUCAAGCGAGUGCAUGAAUCUCAUUUGAGACAGCGCCUAACGCUUGAUGAGGUGGGCCUUCCUCCGCAACUUCUCCGCGUACUGUACAAGACUCACAAUGGUCCACCAAGUGAGCAGAAGGAAACCAGAAGUGGCGAGUUUGUUGAACAAGCCAUCCAGAUGAAGACCGGAAAAGACGGGCCACGUUCACCUGUGUGCCCCGAUGAAGAAAAAGGCUUAGAGUUUUUUGAAGAAGCAGAUCAUGUCGAACGGGUGCCGGGUGAGAACCCGAAUCCUACUCCACAUGAUGGGUCGACAGAGGAUGUCGAUUCUGGCGGGGAUAGGGGCGCUAUUCCUUCGCAACGCGAGCAAGAUGAAGUCUUGCCAUCAAAAAGGUUCAGGCUGGCGAAAAGCUACACAGACAAAGUCUCUGAGGACUUGAAAGGGAAAGAAGCUAAAAAGCUAAGAGAAGUGCGGGAGAAGGAGGAAGUGCCAUCAGGAGUAAGAGGAGCUUGGAAGAAGAAGAAAGAAGCGCGAGAGAGUGCUCUUGAGCAAAUCCGGAAUAUCAUCAUGGCGCAGCCAGAGUAUUCGGAUCUCAAGAAGCAACAACUCGAAAAAGUAGCGUCGAGUGUGUGUGAAAAAGUGAAGAACAGUGACGACUUGAAGAAGACAAUCCGCAGCGGGCUUGGAUUGCUUGCAGUCGUUGCCCCGCUCGUUUGUGAUGAUUGGGAGCCAGGUGAGAAAGUAUUCAAAGCUGUGGCUAUCCCAGACCAUGAGCCCGGCUUUGACACUUCUACACCAGAAUGGCAAGAAGCUAUUAUGAAAGAGUUGAAGGCGCAUUCCCAUGCGUUUGGAAGAGCAACGGGCGAAGAUCUGAGAAACUGGAAGAAAACAGGAAGCAGAGACGUCCCCCGUAAGAUGCUACUAAGUGUGAAGAGAUGCGGCAGGAAAAAAGCGCGGAUCGUGUGUCUUGGUUUCUUGGGCAAAAUGUCCGGCGACGAAGAUAAGUGUGCCUCUGUGCCUGAUCUAGCGAUCUUGCGCAUGCUCGUUGCUAUGAAGUGCCAAAGUCCAUCGAUUUUCGUCUUUCCUUCCGAUGCCACAGGUGCACUUCUCCAAGCUUCAUAUCCCGUGCCAGUUGUCAUCGAACUAGACCACAGGUUAGAAGAACUGCGUGGAUACAAGUUAGGCGAAGUCAGUUAUGCUAUGAACGGGCUGAGAUUGUCUUCUAAAGCCUGGGAAACGCAUCGAGAUAAAACUCUCACGCAGUUUGGCUGGAAACAAAACCCACUAGAGAGCACACUUUGGACUAAGCGAGGAGUUUUACUGUGUGCCUUUGUGGACAGCUUCUAUUUCUUUGGAAAGAAGGAAGAAGUCAUGAUCGUACAUAAUGAGACGCAGUCCGCGCUUAAGCUUCAACCAGAGCCAGUGCGGGAGACUGCUACUCAUAGGAUCUUUGACAUUCUCGGAAUAGAGUUGCACGAGUGCAAACGAAGUGGUAACGUAACACUAUCCCAAGACGCCUACGUAAGCAAACUACUUGAGCGCUUUGGCGGGGAUAGUGGAAAGAAGGUGAGCACACCAAUGGAAAGCGCUCCAAGUAUUGGCUUACCUGAAGCGCCUAGCUUGUUGAAGGCUAAGCAGGAACUUACGGGAAGUUUACAAUACUUGUGUCUAACAAGAUUAGACAUCGUAGUGCCAUUGAAGAUGUGCGCGAAAGUGAAAGCCACUGAAGAGAGCUUAACAAGCUUGAGAAGGAUUAUCAGAUACUUGCGAACCCGAAGAGCUUUGAUGUAUAAAAACCAUUCGCAUGAGUUCAGAGGAAAGCUCAUCCUUACAGCUUGGUCAGACAGCGACUGGGCGUCCUUUGGUGAUAGACGCCCAAUUUCAGGCAUAGUGAUCAAUCUCAGCGGGAGCCUUAUUGCCUGGAAAAGCGCUAGUCAGCAUAGUGGUGCUAGUAGUGUCAGCGAAGCUGAGCUGUGUGGGAUGUCAGAAGCCGCGAAGAUGGCUAUGAGGUUUCGCCACGUCUUGACAAGUUUGAGGCCAUUCUGGAUUCAAUUCUUUGACGAAUCAUCUAUAGUGCUACCUGUUGAGUUAGGAUGUGACAACUCUGGACCGAUCAAAUAUUCAGAGAACAAGACCGGAGUUGCUAGUCGAUUGAAAUAUAUCGACAUCAGGGAUGCUAUGACUAAGGACUUCUGUACUAGACGACUCAUAAAACCAAUUUGGCACAGUACCAAACUGAAUAAGUCAAACGGACUAACUAAGGUCACUACUGGUUCUGACUUCUUUGAUUUCUUGAGGCUAAAUCAAGUGAUUGAGAUUUGGGAUUCUCUACUAGUGUUCCUUAUCUUUCAAGCAUUAGGACAAAGCUGAAGACUUUAAGUAGCAGGAAACUACAGCAACACUUUCCAAAAAAUAAAAAACCUCACUACCUCUCCCACAACAGAGCAAAAAGGGUAACCCUCUAUACGCAGAAACUUUCGAGUACGGGGAGGCUGUUACGAAUAUGAAUGUUGAUGAAACGGAUGGAGUUCAAUGGUGUAGCGAGUACGAAUGUCGAUAAAAGAAGGGGAGUCUAAUGGUGGAAGUAAAGAAGUGAAACCGAUCCAGUCUAGUGCUGCGGGCUGAGAUGAUCAAUCAUCAUCUUGGGACCGCAUGAGUAUCCAACAAGAACGAGGAACAUCGUGAAUAAUACUCUUCAUGUUUCUGCUCGUCCUUAUACGAAUCAAACGAUUGAACCCCACCAAUGUAGGCCUUGAGUCAUAUGCGUGCGUCUUGUUUUUGUGUCUUGAAUCACCCCAGUAAGGCAAUCAAUACCGCUGCCGUUUCCGCUAUUACUGUUCAACCAAAGACCAGAAAAAGCAUCCAUCUUCAUCGGCUGCCUCGUGCUCUCUCUUUUCUUCUCAUGAUCUCUGUUUUCACAACAGGGCACCUGAUGCCCCACUGGGAUACAGUACAGAAAAGGCGUAGGCGUUUUCCGAUGUCCAAGUGGAGGCGUCGAGGCUCUGAGGAGUGUUGUUUGCCGAUCGUGCUGGCGUCCAUGCCUGCGAAAUCCUGUGACGCCCUCGGCGCCUCGAAGUAACAACCAAAUGGGGCUUGCUGAGGUCGGUGGCAUGGUAUUGGUCCCAGCUGCCGCAGCUUCUCCGCCUUCGUCUUCUUCGUCUGCUGCCGCCGCUGAUCCUAGUGGCUACGUCGCAAAAGUGCGAAGUUUGUACGAGCGCCAUUUGCGCGUUUCCGAGCCACCAUAUUGGGAAUUUUGCGGCCUGUUUUCCUUAGGUAUGGAGAUGGAAAGCAUGUGUGCCGACGAUCAUGGAUCGCAGCCAGGGCAAGCCCAGCCAAAGAAAGCAAAGGGCUGGACGAAAUGAGGCCAGAAGGGCCGAAAUGAAGGGGCCGCUUUAGGGGAGGCCCCCUGAUGGGGAAGGUUGAGAAGGCGGGCGCCAGAGGCAGGCGCCGCACUUUCCUGGGGUCCCCCGGAGGGUUGGCGGUUGGAGUUCCGCGCCCUCUUUGCGGGGUCGAGUUGGGGUCUUUUCAUCCUUUGAAGAGGGGCACCCUCUUGAGGAUUAUGGAGACAGGGGAUAGAUGGAAUCCCGCCCCACCCGAUCGGUGGGCACAUCAAGUCAAGUCAAGUCAAGCGUUUUGGGGUCCCGCCUUUCUCUUGGUGAAGAUUUCACGUCGUUACUUCGCUUCUCGUAGCUUUUUAUCCUCGAAAAACAACGAAUACGAAACCACAGCAGGGGCUUGAGGCUGGACGCUGAGGCAGAAGCUGGCCCCGAAGCUGCGGCGCGCGCGUUUCUUGAGGGUCAGCAUACCGCGGCGCCGGUGGGCGAUGAGUACUACAGAGGCCUGCUAUAGUUUCCGCUCCUUUCGGUUUAACUCUUUUUCGGUGUGUUCCUUCCUCCUCUCUCUUCGUUUCGGUCUCAGUCGCUUUCUGAGUGCGCCGGGCUUGGUUCCCACGGUGGGCUACUUUUGCGGAUAAGUUUGCAGGGCCAGGCCACGCUGCUGCCCCAUGGGCGUGCGUAAGCGGAGGCCGCGGCCUCUGAGCUUGGCGGUACCAUGAUGCCCGGCCAUGACUGAAGGGCCGCGUCAAUGGGAGGAGGAGCGCAGCGUCUGCUGCACCUCGUGGAGGGAGGGCUAGCUUGCCCAUCGUAAGGUGGAAAGCCCCGGGAUCGCAGUGUCUCCAUGUCGUGCUUUUCUGAAAAAUUCACAAAAACGAUAAUGGUAACGUUCUUCCUCGCGAUAGAAGGAGUAGAUGUAGUUAAACAGGUUAUGGAGGUCUUCUAGGUUGAUGAAGAUUUUAACUACUGGCAUACCAGGGCACCAUACUGGGGGAAGGUCGGAUAUUUCCAGCUUAUGUUUAAUGUACCUUUGCAGGGCCGCAUAUUUUUGAUACAGGGCCUACUUGAGGCGGGCAAACUUUUUUCAAUUUCAGGGUGCCAUUCCCGAUUGGUGUUGACGCCAUCAUCAUCAAUGCGGAGUCUUGAUAAAUCAUCAUCAAGACGCCAUCAUCAAUCUAUCUUGACCUAGGUAGUGUAACUACUUUGAAACUUAUCCGCCGUGUUGCUACUUACCCGGUACUAGUAUGCUCGCUUCUCCCGUCAGCUAGUAAGUAUACUGUAAGUAUCGCGAUUGAUAUGAAAGAAUGAACUGUCCGCUCUGUGUCGUCGCUGUUUUGAAAUGUGGGGUCUACAACUCUACAUAGUUGGAAGCUGACGCGCUCACAUUAAAACGUGCUCAAAUCGCAUUUGCUAUAGGCUUGGAAAGAAUUGUCUUCUUCUCUACUUUUGGGUUGUACAUCUACGAUGUAUGAUGAUGUACGAAAGUAGGUUUCCAGAUGAACUUCAGACUCAGUACUUGUUCCAGAAGUAUUUACUCAAAUUCAUUGAGAUAUACCAAACAAUCGAGAACGUAGGCUCAGGCUGAGCCGGGCGAUUGGCUGAGUCAGGUCGAGUCUUCCGAUGUGGGCAUUGUCCGGCAGAUGAAAGCAAGAAGUCGGAGAAGCCAGAGAGAGAGAGAGAAAAAAAGAGCGAUGCCACCACGAAGAAGAGGCUGUAAAAGUAGACAGUGAUUAAGUACGGGAAAUGUUCAUGCAAAAUUGGAGUCAAAAAACAGGUGUAUCAUCCAGGUCAGGCUCUCGCUAACAGUAUUGAACAACUUAGAGCUACAUUCUUUAGAGUUUGGGCUGCAUCGAUCACAUAAACAUAAACAAUUAUGCUUUCACACGACCACAUCCAGCCAGAAGUCAAAUC